AUGCCUGAGCUAGCCGAAGUUUCGCGCAUCGUCCAUUUCAUUCGCCAACAUCUGGUUGGAAAGACCCUCUCAAAGGUCACAACCCAGCAUGAUGAUGUUGUUUACGGGAAAGUCGGCACAAGUGCCACAGAGUUUCAAAAAGCAGUGCAGGGGAAGCAAAUCACAGGCGCCGGUCAGCAGGGGAAGUAUUUUUGGAUCACCAUGUCUUCGCCGCCCCAUGUCGUUAUGCACUUCGGCAUGGCUGGCUGGCUAAAGAUCAGAAAUGCCGAUACAUACUAUUACCGGACUGACAAGCCGGAGGAUAAGGAUUGGCCGCCUAAAUAUUGGAAGUUCCUGCUGGAAACAGACGAGGAUCCCAAGACAGAGGCUGCGUUUGUCGACUUUCGCAGACUUGCACGGAUACGGUUGGUAGAUUGUCCGGCAGAUGAGAUUCGGAAAUACAGUCCUCUGAAGGAGAACGGACCGGAUCCAGUUGCGGACAAAGAUGCAGUGACGGAUAGUUGGUUGAUCGAAAAGGUGCGGAGUAAAAAGGUACCUAUUAAGGCCCUGCUGCUUGACCAAGCCAACAUCAGUGGGAUAGGAAAUUGGAUGGGUGAUGAGAUACUAUACCAUGCCAAGAUACAUCCAGAACAGUACAGCAACACGUUGGGCUAUGAGCAAAUCAAGGAACUCAACUCUUCGAUCCAUUAUGUUUGUGACACUUCAGUGGAAUUGCUUGCAGACUCAGAGAAGUUCCCAGAGAAAUGGCUCUUCAAUCAUCGAUGGGGGAAAGGAAAGAAGAACCAGCCCUCUGUCCUCCCUAACGGAGAGAAGAUUGUCUUUCUUACUGUUGGAGGUCGAACCAGCGCAGUAGUCCCGUCCGUGCAGAAGAAGACCGGGAUUGUAUCGAAGGAUGUUAGCGACGAGGAAAUCAAUGGCGCGCAAACUCAGUCGAAGCGAAAGCGAGGAGCUGUUAAGAAAGACGAAAAUGAUUCCGAGCCUGAGGACACAAGCAAGGCUCGAAAGUCGGGGUCUAAAAAACAGAGCAAGGAACCAGUCAAAGAUGAGAAUGAGGAAGAUACGAAACAAGCAGCUGAAACGGCAUCUGUUGGCAGACGCCGUUCCACUCGUACCAAGAACUAA